AGAACAAAGAUCCAAAGAGAAACAAGAAAUAAAAAUUGAUAUUCCCCACCACCAGAAGAAAAUCAAAAAAAGUUACUCUGCAAAAUUAUUAUAACAAAAAUUAUAUCCUUUUAAUAAGAAAUUUAUUAAAAAUAUUGCCAGUCACUUAAAUAACAAUGGAAUACGAAAGUGUAUUAAUUGUCAAACCCGAAGUAUUCAUUUAUAAAAUUCCCCCAAGGGCCAGCAACAGAGGAUACAGAGCUGCUGACUGGAAUCUUGGCGAACCAACAUGGACGGGCCGAAUGCGAUUGGUUGCCAAGGGCACCACUGUCAAUCUCAAACUCGAGGACAAGACGUCCGGUGCAUUAUUUGCCAAUUGUCCCAUCGACACAUAUCCCGGUGUUGCUAUCGAAGCUGUAUCAGACAGUUCGAGAUAUUUUGUGAUUCGGGUGCAGGAUGACAAUGGUUCGUCUUCUUCUUCAGGUCGAUCGGCAUUCCUUGGGCUAGGUUUUGGCGAUCGGUCGGAUUCGUUUGAUUUGAAUGUGGCGCUGCAAGAUCAUUUUAAAUGGGUUAAGAAUCAAGAGCAAAUAGAAAAGGAAAAAACCGAACCCAAACAGGAAUUAGAUUUAGGUUUCAAAGAGGGGGAGACGAUUAAAAUUAAUAUGAGAAUAACUAAAAAAGACGGAUCGGAGGGACCAUCUCGAACGUCCAAAACGAAAACUGGAACCGGAAUCUUGCCCCCGCCGCCCGGUGGAGUUGGUAAAAUUGCUCCACCACCAUCCGGUGGUGGUGGCAGUGUUAGACAGAGCCCCGCUGCUUCACCAGCACAUAAACCUCAAACUGGAACUGAGUGGGGUGAUUACGCUUCUGCUGGAGCCAACAACCAAGCACAAGAUCAGCAGUCAUCGGCAGCAAACGCAAACUGGGUACAGUUUUAAAUCAUAUUACUUAAAAAUGCUAUUGUAAAAAAAAAAACAAAAAGAAAACACCCAACAACCAUAAUGAAUAAAUAAUAAUAAUAAUUUAACAAGAAAAAAAAAAUAAAUAAAUAUUUACAUACAAAAAAAAAUUAAAUAAGAUAUCUAAUUCAUAAGAAUGAUAAAACAUUUAACGAAAAAAAUUAAAAAACAAAAAAAAAUUAUGUAUAAACAUUGUUGAACUGUAUUUUUACAACACACACACAUAUAUACAUAUUAUAUAUACAAAAUACAUAAAAUUAAAAAAAAAAAUAAAAUCAUUAACAUUUAUCCAAUGUCAAGAAUAAAAUUAUUAUUCAUUUAUCAUUGGACCGAAAAAAAAAAUAAAUAAAAAAUAAUAUUAAUUAAAAAAAAAAAAAAACAAAAAAAUUAAAAGAAUUAAAUAAAUUUGUAGUUAAUUUCUUUUUUGUAUUAAGUUUUAGUUAAAAAAAAAACAACAUUAUUACAAAUAAAAUUGUUAUAUUUCUUAUUUAAUAUUCAUUAGAAAAAAACUAAAAAAAAAAACAACAACAAACGAGUAUUAACGAAUAAUACAGCAAUCGAAAGUUAAAUAAAAAAUUUUGUUUUUCCAAUAAAUACAAAACACAUAUACAUACAUAUAUUCCAAUCUUCUUGUUAGGGGCAAAUCAUUUAAAGUUCGUUAAUAUUUUUAAAUACAAUAUUUUUGUACUUAUGUAUGAAGGCAAUUCUAUAUUUUUUUCUUGUUCUCUCUUUUUAUUUUUGAAGAUUAUAUUUUUUUUUCUGUUCUAAUAUUAAUCUAUAAACAUAUUUAGAUAUUUAAAACAAAAACAAAAAAAAUAUAUAUACAUACAUAUAUUAAUGUAAAGUAACUCAAAAUCAAUGAAAGAUAAAACAGAACAUCAAGUUUGAAUUAUAUUCAAUGUAAAUCUAUACUAUUAUGCUAUUGCCUAGCUUAAAAAAAAAAAAUAAAUAAAUAAAAAUAAAAACAAUAAAACUGAAAUAUUAAAAAAACAUACUUAAGAAUAUAAAAACAAAAACACUAUAAUAGUUGUUAUCCCCCUAUGCUGUUCGUUUCAAACGGCAGCGCAAUUCCCUCUUUAAAAAAAAAUAUAAAACAAAUAAUUAAAUAUCAAAGUUUGUUUCUUUCGUUCAUAACUUCAUUUGAUAAUGUUUAAAAAGAAAAACAAGUUAUUCUGAUGUAAAAUUAUGUGAUUUUUAUUAAUUCUUAUAUUGUUAAUUUAUAUUUUUGAAGAUUUACUUGCACAUAUUGUUCAAUUUUUUUUUGUUUUUGCUGAAUUGAUUGAUUUUAUUCAGCAAAAUGUAUAACAUAAACUUAUGAGCAGAAGCGAUCGAAACAUUCCGCAAACAAACAAUUGAUAUCUCAUUUAAUUAAAAAUUAAAAUUAAAAUAAAAAUAUAAAACUAUUUUUUUUUUUAUAACAUUAAAAUUCAACUUUGUAUAUUUAACCAGUUCCUUUUUUAUUUUUUCUUUAAAUAAAAAAAUGCAUAUACAUAGGUAUAAUGAUAAAUUGAUACGCAUGAAAAAAUUAUUAAAUAACAAAAACAAAAAUAAACCAACUAUUAUCAAUAUUAUUUACUUUA